UGAAUCGCGGAGGCUGAUGGGACCCGCGGAGGAUCUACAGUAGCAGCAGCAGCAGCAGCGAUGGCCGGGCUGUGCUCUGUGUUUUCUGUGUGUCUGUGUUUAUUAGGGUUCUCUGCGGCGGUGUUUGAGGACCAGGUGGGGAAGUUUGACUGGAGACAGCAGUUUGUGGGGAAGGUGCAAUUUGCACUGUUCGAUACUCAUUCCCAGGCAUCUAAAAAGCUACUGGUGGCAACUGAGAAGAAUAUUUUUGCCUCUCUGAACUCCAGAACUGGAGAUCUUUUCUGGCGACAUGUUGACAAGACCGGACCAGAUGGACAUAUUGAUACACUUAUGAUGCAUGGCCAAGAUGCCGUUGUUGUUGUUGGGAAUGGUCGACUUCUUCGAUCCUGGGAGACCACUGUUGGAGGCUUAAAUUGGGAGACAGUGCUUGAUACUGGAAGUUUUCAGUCUGCUGCUUAUAUUGGAGUCCAAGAUGUGGUGAGGUAUGUUGCGGUGCUUAAGAAGUCUGCCAUCUCGCUUCAUUACCUUUCCAAUGGCCAUCAGAAAUGGGUGGAAAAUCUUCCAGAAAGUGACACUGUUCAAUAUCAGACGGUCUACUCUGGAGGGAAUGGACAGGUCUUUGUUCUUGGUGUGGUCCCCAAUUCUCAUAUUGUUAUUGUUGAAUACAACAUAGAAGAUGGAGAAAUCAUGAAACAGAAAUCAGUUGCGGCUCCAUGGUUGUCAAGCUUGCAGUCCAGCUGUGUGAUGGUUGGUUCUGGGGUGCUUUUGUGUGCUGACCCAACUACAAAAUCACUGUACACCUUCCCACUGCAGUCUGCUGAUCAGACAACAAUGACUCCAAUCCUGCUUGAGUCUCUGGGUGUUGAGGUGGCUGCAGGGUUCCAGCCGGUACUGAUCUCCACUCAGCCCCAUCCUGCCCGUCCUCCGCUCUCUGAAUUCUUCCUGCAGCUUGGUCCAGAUUACCACAUCCUGCUGCAGCUGAAAGAUGGCCUGGUUUCUACUCUCAGAGACUUUAACCCAUCAUAUCUGGUGGCUUUUGCAACAACCGGGGAGAAGACAGUAGCUGCUGUUAUGUCGCCAAAAAAUGAGACCGCGAGUGUUAUCAACCUGUACAGUGCUGAUACGGGUCGGAGGCUUCUUGACACUACCAUCAUCUAUUCCAUGGACCCUAAUGGAGGAAAGCCAGCAAAGUUGUACAUCCACGCAUUUCUGAAGAAAGAUGAUUCUGUGGGCUACAGGGUCUUGGUGCAGACUGAAGACCUCGUCCUCACCUUCCUACAGCAGCCUGGCAGGGUAGUGUGGAGCAGGGAGGAGGCUCUGGCUGAUGUUGUUACAAUGGAGAUGGUGGACUUACCGCUCACAGGAACACAGGCAGAACUGGAGGGAGAGUUUGGAAAAAAAGCUGAUGGACUGUUACCCAUGGUUCUUAAGAGGCUCUCCUCACAGUUCAUCCUCCUGCAGGCCUGGAUGAGCCAUCUGUGGAAACUCUUCUAUGACGCCCGAAAACCCCGAAGCCAUGUUAAGAAUGAAGUAACUUUUGAAACUUUAUCUCGGGAUGAAUUCAACCUGCAGAAGAUGAUGGUGAUGGUGACCGCAUCGGGGAAGCUCUUUGGAAUUGAUAGCAAAUCUGGAACAGUUUUAUGGAAGCAAUACCUGGAAAACAUCCAGCCCAAUUCAGUCUUCAAACUAAUGGUGCAGAGGACUACUGCUCAUUUCCCUCACCCACCUCAAUGCACUCUACUCGUCAAAGAUAAGGACACAGGCCUUGGAAGUCUGUAUGUCUUCAAUCCCAUUUUUGGCAAGAAGAGCCAUAUCAGUGUCCCAGCUUUGCCCAGACCCAUCCUUCAGUCGCUGCUUCUUCCCCUCAUGGAUCAGGACUAUUCUAAAGUCCUUCUUCUCAUAGAUGAUCAGUACAAGGUUACAGCAUUUCCCUCCACUAAGAAUGUUCUGCAGCAGCUGCAAGAGAUGGCAUCCUCUAUUUUCUUCUAUCUGGUCGACUCCAGUCAGGGCAGGCUGUCGGGUUUCCGUCUCCGUAAAGACCUGUCCACUGAGCUGAUCUGGGAGGUGGUCAUCCCCACUGAGGUGCAGAAAAUAGUGGGGGUGAAAGGCAAGCGUGCUAAUGAGCAUGUCCACUCCCAGGGUCGGGUCAUGGGAGAUCGCAGUGUGCUUUAUAAGUACCUGAACCCCAAUCUUCUGGCAGUGGUGACUGAAAGCACAGACAGCCACCAGGAGCGGAGCUUUGUGGGGAUUUUCCUCAUUGAUGGUGUGACUGGUCGUAUUGUUCAUGAAGCAGUGCAGAGGAAGGCCAGAGGACCUGUUCACUUUGUGCACUCUGAGAACUGGGUGGUGUAUGUGUACUGGAACACAAAGUCUAGGAGGAACGAGUUCUCUGUGCUUGAGCUGUUUGAGGGAAUGGAGCUGUAUAACAGCACAGUGUUCAGCUCUCUGGAUAGACCUCGUCCACCUCAGGUCUUGCAGCAGUCCUACAUAUUCCCCUCACCUAUAAGCACCUUGGAGGCAACACUCACUGAGAAGGGCAUCACCAGCAGGCAUUUGCUUGUGGGACUCCCAUCAGGAGCCAUCAUGUCUUUACCAAAGAUGUUUCUGGACCCACGGAGACCAGAGGUGGCCUCGGAUCAGAGCCGCGAGGAAAAUCUAAUUCCAUACUCUCCCGAAAUGCCGAUUCGCACUGAGUGGUUCAUUAACUACAACCAAACCGUAUCAAGAGUAAGGGGUAUCUAUACUGCCCCCUCUGGCCUGGAGUCCACAUGUCUGGUGGUUGCAUAUGGACUUGACAUCUACCAGACCAGAGUGUACCCUUCCAAACAGUUUGAUGUUCUAAAGGACGAUUAUGAUUAUGUUCUGAUCAGCAGUGUGCUGCUUGGUCUAUUUUUCGCUACUAUGAUAAGUAAGCGAUUAGCAGAAGUAAAACUUCUUAAUCGUGCAUGGCGAUAAAGAGCAGUUCCAGGCCUGAUGACUGCAUUCUCCGCCUUUUUUGCCACAUGAAGACCCGGUUGAUGACAGAAGACCAGCUGAUGCCCGUGUCAGACUGCAAGGUCACAAAAUGAGCAUUGUGGGAGUUUUUGAAGUUGCAGCUAGCUGUUAAGGAUGAUGGCAGUACAUGUUGGAUUGUUUUUUUUUUCUUUAUGCAAACACUGUCUUUAACAUUUGCCCACACCAUUAAACAGUUUUUCUAAUUUAUUGUGGUUUAUGAGGUAAGUUCUAUUGUAAAUUUAGGCCCAAUGUUUUUUUUUUUUUUAAUAAAUUAUUUGAAAUUUUUCAGAUUGCCACAGCAGUUGUGUUUUCAGGUUGAGUAAAUAUGUAUAGUGAAAAAAUAAUGUAACAGAUAAGAAAUUAUGAUCUCUAGUUUAAAUAUGUUUGUGUGGGUGAUAACACUGGAGAAUUAACAUAAAAUAUACCUCUUAACUUAUAAUUAGAUUUUUUUAUAUAAAUAUGGCCAAAUUGUGUGAUGUUUAGUUCCUCUUAAUUUGCUUGUUUAUCUUUUAGGACUGAUCAGCCUUUAAACUAUGUAGUUUCACAAACAGAAUCAAAUUUACAGAAAUAUGUUUAACCUUCUGUAUGUGAAAAAGAACAAAUCAUCCAAUAAAAUUAAGUGUUUUUUGAUCAA